AUGAAGACAUUCGUGUUGUUGGUGCUCUUCGGCGCCGCUCUGGCCGCCGGCGAUUUCGACAGGCAGUGCGCGCCUUCGGCCGACCCCGGACCUUGCAAGGGCUACUUCCCCAAGUGGUGGUACAACGUGCUGUCGGGCAAGUGCGAGCAGUUCAUCUAUGGCGGUUGCCAAGGAAACGACAACAGAUACGACACCCAACAAGAGUGCGAAAUGACUUGCGAUGCUGGACCAACGCCCAAGAACGACACGUGCUACCUGCCGAUGAAAGUGGGCCCUUGCUUCGGCUACUUCCCCCGCUACUACUACAACGCCACGACAAACUCCUGCAAUCAGUUCAUCUACGGAGGAUGCCAGGGCAACGCCAACAACUUCGCGACGCUAGAGAAAUGCCGGAGUGCAUGCAGCACGCCCACGAGCUUCACGUGCUACCUGCCGAAGAAAACUGGACCAUGCCUCGGCUACUUCCCCCGCUACUACUACAACACCACGACAAACUCCUGUGAUCAGUUCAUCUACGGAGGAUGCAGGGGCAACCCCAACAACUUCAAGACGCUCGAGAAAUGCCAGAGCGUAUGCAUCAACGGUUCUUACAUAGAGGAGCUCACGGGGUCCUGGCUCAUCACUAAACUCGUUGCCUUGGCGGACUACAUCCGUUCCAACCCUGUCCUGUCGAGGAGCCUCGUGCGACUAAACCCGGUGUGCAAUGAGCCCAAGCAACCCGGCAUCUGCGCCGGCUAUUUUCCUCGUUUUUUCUUCAACAACGUCACCAAGACUUGCGAGCCGUUUGUCUACGGAGGAUGCCAGGGCAACGGUAACAACUUCCACACCCUCGAGGAAUGCAACAGCACGUGCUGGGCAUCCCUGCACCACCACCCCCUGGUGAUCACCAGUGCCAUUGAAGUUCCAUUCUGGCCUCUGUCGCCUCCCGAAGAAUGCACCUACCCGGCCGACGCAGGACCAUGCUACCAUUACAAUCCACGCUUCUUCUACAGCACCCUAACCAAGUCGUGCGACCUGUUCCUCUACGGAGGAUGCGGAGGCAACGCCAACAACUUCCGCACCUACGACGCGUGCCAGAGCAAAUGCACGAAGUUCUUCGGCGUGAUCCCUCGCGCCUAA